UGUAUACCUAACAACCUUUUUAUUACAAGCUAAUGUGUAUAACAUGAACGGAUUGAUUGUCUUCAAUAGUGCCAAUGAUGUUGUGUACCAUAAUCUUAACAGCUUACUCAAGAGGAAAAUUGUUGAAUUGGCCGUCAUGCAGGGAUUGCUACCUCAUCCAUCCAAAGGCAACCCGACGUCCACAUAUAAUUUGGAUAGCAACGUCUUAUUGCAAAUUUUUAGUCCCAUUAUAAAUUCACAACGCAUUAUGCAUUGUCAAUUUGACAACACAUACAUAAACUUUCAAUGCAAGAACGAUUUCAAUAUGGUUUUUGGGGAACUCCUUGGAUUCAAUUUUUUGCAAAUAGGCCAGAUGCCUUUGCAUCAGUUAAGCCGCAAACUUGACUUUGCAAUUACACUCACCCGCUAUUUUUAUGGAGCCAAUAUUUUUGGCCCACAGGCAGGCAGCACGCAACUGGAGCUAUUGACGCAGUGCCUUGACUUUUACGAAGCCAAGCUAUUGGAAGAAGAACAAAUGUACAUAGUUGAGGCAAUUCCUAAACUGUUAAUUAACAUGGAACUUAUGCACACCGUUCACACAACGCUUGAGCAAACCUUAGAUCAGCUUCGGAAUGCUGGUUAUCAACGGGCGCAUGUCAUUUUCUUGGUCUGCCACAAACUUGUGUCAUUCAACAGUACGCACCAAGCGUUGCCAUUAGCCGCUGCCGAUCUAAUAUUUCUUGCAACAAUUUCGCGUGCUUUACAGUCGAAAAAAACUCAGCGAACUGUAGCAGUUUUUCUGCAGGGCGCAUCACACGACGUUAAUUCUGGAUGCGUGCCUUGUAUUGUGCAUAUAUCACGGGUCCAUGUGCACCAGUUGCUGGUACAAGUGAUCGAAUAUGCCAACAUCCAGUUGACCUGCCAGUUGUACGACCUCUUUUAUAUGACGCAUAACAUCAUGACCGUUUUCUUACAAGGUGAUGUUGAUGCUAUAAAAACAAAUUUUGAAAACCUCGAACUUGAGUCGUUGGUAAACCAAACUUUGAUUAUACUGAAGCGGCAUUUAAAAGUAAAGCACGAGGAACUAGACAAUUGCAUUAAAAAGUUUACGACAAAGUGGGAGAGCCUGCGUAAGAUGUACAUAGAAUUUUCUAAAUUUCACGAACGCGAAAUAAUAUUGCGGAUUGAGUCGAAUAUGCCUUCUUUCAUCGUUGAGCUAAAGCACCUCUUUACACUGAUCUGCUGCGAUAGUUCGGAUGUAAAACUUGACCAGCUGCCUGUAGUAGCGGCUACUGUUGAAUCGAAGCUUCUAGAAAUCGCAGAAUUUCUAACAGUUAAAGCAAAACGCAACAUAUCUAUUGAAGCGUAUUUGGAGGAGUUUCCCGGUUUGCUGCAUUUCAUAUAUGUUAAUCGCAGCACUGGCCAAAUGUUAGCUUCCGAUCUUCGAAGCAACCAAGUAGUACCUAAGAUGAUUUCGGCAAUGGUCGAACUUACACGAAGGUAUAUGAAGCAAGGCCAAAAAACAGUAAUGUGGAAAGACAAAACGUUUCACUUUUCGUAUUUCCUCUGGUUCGAGGACAAAUCGAGUAAAAUUUUGAAGUCUACCUUUGACUUGCAAAAGCAUUUUUCAUCAAACGGCCUGGGUAUCGGUGAUAAUGGUUUAACAAUUUCUGCUGAAAAAGGUGCUCUGGACUACUACAAUGACUUGGCCGAGGUUUAUUUUCCUAAAUUAAACACGGAGAAGGUACGCACCUACGAGCUAUUUUGCAUCCACUUGGGCUUGGUUACGGCGACCUGUGCCGCAGAGCAUGCGCGUCGAUUGGUUGCUACUGUUAGCGACGUAAUUGGAGAACAGAAUUUCUAACAGAAUCGAGGACAUCAACAAUAUUUCAAAUUGUAUUAAGCGAAACUAGUCACUUGAACAAUUGCAAAUACAUACAUUCCAGCGUUAAUCUUAAAA